AGUUUUUCAAGUCACCACUAGUAUGUAUACUUUAUAAUAUAAAUUAAAGCUAUUUGAUAUUACUAAAUAUUUCUCUCUUUUUUUUUUCUUUUUUUUUUUUGAAUCCAGAGAUUUGAGUGGUAGAGAAAGACUCAAGUAUGUGAUAGUGGAAAUAAAAGUCAUGGCCUAGCAGCAAGAUUUAGUGUAUAUUAAUUUGAAUAUUUGCUUUAACAUCUUUUACACACAGAACUCUUCCCAGCUAGGUAAUUAAGGAAAACAAAUAACAAAAAGAUGAAUUAACAUGAAAGAAAUAUUAAGGUGGAUUAGGAUUCCGCCAGCUAGUAUAAAUCCUGCUGCAUGCUAGCGUAAGGAAUAAUGCAUGUGUAGUUUAAUUUGCCGCAAACAAGAGAGAGAGAGGGAGAGGGAGAGGAUGCAGGUGAUAGGUUGGGGAGAUGUAUACAAAGUAGUGGAGGCGAUGGCGCCGCUGUACGCGGCGCUGUUACUGGGUUACGGCUCCGUGAGAUGGGGGCGGAUGUUCAAGGCCGAAGAAUGCGACACCAUAAACCGUUUCAACUGCUACUUCAUCAUCCCUUUCUUCACCUUCCACUUCACGGCCAGCGUGAAUCCCUACAGCUUCAACUUACGUUUCCUGGCAGCGGACGUGGUGGCAAAAGCAGUUGCUGCUGCAGCAUUAGCUGUGUGGGCUAACUAUCUGCAUGGGAGCUUUUCAUGGGCGAUCACCUCUUUCUCCCUCUCCAGCUUCAACAACACCUUGGUGGUUGGGGUGCCCUUGUUGAAGGCCAUGUACGGCGACGUUGGAGAGCAUCUCGUCGUGCAGUCCUCCGUCAUGCAGUCUCUCCUCUGGUUCCCCAUUCUCUUAUCCUUGCUCGAAUUCCGCCGUAGUUCCCAACUACUUUCUUCUGAUAAUAAUAUUCAUCAUCACAAGCAUCAGCAUACCUCUGCUACUGCUGCUAAUGGAGAUGAGCAUAUUCAUAUGUCUAUGCCUGUGUCAUCACCCUCGUCUAAUUAUUGUUCAACCAUCAAGAUAGUCGGAAUGAAGCUCGGAAAGAAUCCAAAUUGCUAUGCUUGUGUGCUUGGGCUCGUUUGGGCUCUCUUAGCAAACAGGUGGGAUCUCGAAAUGCCGAGCAUAGUGGAAGGAUCGAUUCUGAUAAUGGCCAAGGCAGGAAGUGGGGUAGCCAUGUUCACCAUGGGACUAUUCAUGGCGGUGCAAGAGAAGAUAAUAGCUUGUGGUGUACGGCUAAGCAUAUACAGUAUGGGUAUGAGAUUUGUAUGCGGACCUCUUACUACGGCUGUUGCCGCUCUAGCUCUGGGCCUGCGCUCCAAAAUCCUCUCUAUUGUUAUCAUCCAGGCGGCUCUGCCACAGUCAAUAACCUCCUUCGUGUUUGCUCAGGAGUAUAGCCUGCACGCUAACGUGCUCAGCACCGCGGUCAUUUUUGGCACAAUCGCAUCUCUUCCUCUCUUGAUUGCUUACUACAUCAUUCUAGAAAUUGUUGUCCAUUAACUAUAUAUCUUGUGGGAGUAGAGAGCAAUGACAACACAACAUCACUGCCUAUUUCUAAAUAAAUAUGCAUCUCUCUCUCUCUCUAUAAUGUCUAUUAAUUGUAUUGUAUUGUAGUUCUUACAUGUCAUAUGAUUAGCUUUGAAAUCAACAGCAGGAGCAAACCUGCAUAAUUCUAUGGCUAAAA